CUAGCCCAAAUAAUUCAGUCGGGAAAGUAACGUGAAAGCGUUUGGACGACACCAGCAUAAAGAGUCAUUCGCAUCUACUUGCUUAGAAGGGUUUCGGCAGCCGUUAAUAACGUCCAUUCACUAUGACCGUUGCCAACGGGGUAGACAAGGACGAAAAGUCCUAUUACAACAAUAACUUGAUAAUGGCAGAAUCCUUUCCGGAAAACGAAAAAAAGACAAAGGCUAAACUACAAAUCUCUAAUGGUGACGCACAAGAAGUUCCGACGAGCAAAAAGGGGAAAAAAUCAAAAAAAAGAGAUGACGACAAAAAAGAUGUCGCGGAGCCGGUUGCAUUUUUCAAAAUGUUUCGAUAUGCGACGAUGAAGGACCGAUUAUUAUAUGCCUUGGGGAUUAUAUGCACCAUAGCGACCGGCCUGACAACGCCUGCCAAUAGCUUGAUCUUUGGUAAUUUAGCAAAUUCAAUGAUCGAUUAUGGCACUCCAGCAAAUGGCACAACCAGCUCGGCAGUGGAUUCUCUUUUGGAUGCAGUGGAAACAUUUGCUUUUCAAAAUAGUAUGAUUGGCAUAGUGAUGCUCGCGUGCAGUUAUAUAUCGAUAACGACCUUCAAUUAUGCCGCCCAAGCACAAAUUGUGCGCAUUCGCGGAAAAUUCCUUAGGUCGGUGUUACAUCAGGAUAUGUCAUGGUACGAUUUCAACCAGAGUGGAGAAGUGGCUAGCAGAAUGAACGAAGAUUUGUCCAAAAUGGAGGAUGGUAUAGCCGAAAAGGACGUUAUGUUUUUGAACUAUAUUGUGUCCUUUAUUGGUUGCCUAGUGCUGGCUUUUUACAAAGGUUGGCUACUGGCGUUAGUCUGUCUUAGCAGUCUACCGGUUACUUUCAUAGCACUGGGCGUUGUUUCGAUCGCGACUUCAAAGCUGUCGAAAAAGGAACUGAAUGUUUAUGCUAAAGCUGGAAAUAUUGCAGAAGAAGCAUUGAGCGGCAUUCGAACUGUGAAAACUUUUGAGGGCGAAUACAAGGAAAUCUGCGCCUAUAAAUCGCAAAUUGUUGACGCUCGGAAAGUAAAUAUCAAGCGAAAUAUGUUUUCUGGCAUCGGAUUCGGGCUUCUCUGGUUUUUCAUUUACGCUUCCUACGCCUUAGCUUUCUGGUUUGGAGUUGGUUUAGUCUUAAAGAACUACGCUGGAGAAGAAGCUUACAGCAAUUAUACUCCUGGUAAUAUGAUUACGAUAUUUUUCUCAAUCAUGAUGGGUUCCAUGAAUAUUGGCUUAGCCGCGCCGUAUAUCGAAGCUUUUGGCAUUGCAAAAGGUGCAUGCGCCAAAGUAUUCAAAAUCAUCGAACAAGUACCGACAAUCAAUCCAAUCGAUCCGAAAGGCAGGAAUUUGAACCAACCUUUGGUACAUAUCGAACUACGCGACGUUAGUUUCAAAUAUCCAUCACGCGAGGAGGUGCUAGUUCUUAAUAAAUUAAAUUUGAAAAUACACCGUGGCCAAACGAUAGCGUUAGUGGGUUCAUCGGGUUGUGGUAAAUCAACGAUUAUCCAACUUGUGCAGCGUUUCUAUGAUCCACAAGAAGGCAGCGUGUAUUUCAAUGACACCGAUUUGAAGGACAUAAACAUUACUUCGUUGAGGGGGUGUAUAGGUGUCGUCGGUCAAGAACCAGUACUAUUUGGCACUAGUAUAUUUGAAAAUAUUCGUUAUGGCAGAGAGGAUGCUACAAGAGAGAUGGUCAUUGCGGCUGCCAUCGCGGCAAAUGCUCAUAUUUUCAUAAAAAAAUUGCCAAAAGGACUUGAUACUUUAGUUGGUGAACGUGGCGCUCAACUGUCGGGUGGACAAAAACAACGUAUCGCUAUUGCACGUGCGCUCGUGAGAGAUCCCGAAAUACUGCUAUUGGACGAGGCAACCUCUGCAUUGGAUACAGCCAGCGAAGCGAAAGUACAGGCGGCUCUUGAAAAGGCGAGCAAAGGCCGUACAACAAUUAUUGUUGCGCAUCGCUUGUCGACAAUUCGACGUGCUGAUCGCAUUGUGGUAAUCAAUAAGGGCGAAGUUGUCGAAAGUGGCACACAUUCUGAAUUGAUGGAACUGAAGUCUCACUAUUUUAACUUGGUUACAACUCAACUGGGAGACGAGCCUUUGACUGACGACGCUCAAAAUGCUGAAAAGUCUCAAAAUUUCUUCGGCUCGAAAGACGAAGAUGAGGAACUUAUUGACAUUAAAUAUGAGGAGGAAGCUUUAGUUGAUGAAGAUGAAGAGAGUUCGCUGUGGCCUAUUUUAAAGAAGAAUAAACCGGAAUGGCCACAACUUUUGUGUGGGAUGAUUUCUUCGGUUAUUAUGGGCUUUGCUAUGCCUAUUUUCGCUGUGCUUUUUGGAGGAAUACUUGAAGUAUUGGCCGCUAAAGAUGAUCCACAAUAUGUACGUGACAACACGAAUCAAUAUAGUAUAUAUUUUGUGGUAACUGGUAUCAUCGUUGGUUUUGCCACUUUCCUGCAGAUAUACAUGUUCGGUAUUGCGGGUGAGAAGCUUACGGAACGUUUAAGAGGUUUGAUGUUUGAGGCGAUCCUGAAGCAAGAAGUCGCUUGGUUCGACGAUAAAGCCAACAGUACGGGAAGUCUUUGCGCGAGGCUUUCUGGUGACUCAGCUGCUGUUCAAGGUGCAACUGGGCAACGUAUUGGAACUAUUGUACAAUCAGUGGCCACUAUCGGGCUAGGUAUUGGCUUAUCUAUGUACUAUGAAUGGAGUUUAGGCUUGUUGGCAUUGGCAUUCGCACCAUUCAUUCUAAUUGCGUCGUAUUUGCAGCGCAAAGUUAUGGCCCAGGAAAAUAUGGGCACUGCUAAAACUAUGGAAAAUUGCACAAAGCUUGCCGUUGAGGUCGUCUCCAAUAUACGCACAGUAGCGUCAUUAGGCAGAGAGGAGAUGUUUUACCGACAAUACAUGGAAAUGCUUUACCCCGCAAUGGCUAAAGCUAAGAAGAAUACGCACUUCCGUGGCUUAGUGUAUGGAUUGGCUAGAUCUCUUAUGUUCUUUGCUUAUGCGGCUUGUAUGUACUAUGGAGGUUGGUGCGUGGUAAACAGGGGCAUGGAAUUCGGUAAUAUUUUUAAGGUUUCACAAGCCUUGAUAAUGGGCACAGCCUCAAUUGCCAAUGCAUUAGCCUUUGCUCCCAAUUUCCAGAAGGGCAUUACGGCAGCUAAGAAAAUAUUUUUACUGCUAAGUCGCGAACCGAAAAUUCUUGAUAAACCGGGUUUGUCGAGAGACCCAUGGCACGCAAAAGGCAAAGUUGACUUCACUGAUGUCACGUUUAGCUAUCCUACACGUAAAGAAAUUCCGGUAUUAAGAGGCAUAAUACUGAACGUAUUGGAGGGGAGAAAAGUGGCUUUAGUGGGUUCAUCUGGAUGUGGAAAGUCCACAUGCAUUCAGUUGCUGCAACGCUUCUAUGAUGUCGAUGCCGGUUCAGUGGGCAUCGAUGAUGUCGAUUUACGAAAUGUGUCCCUCUCCAAUCUACGCCGUCAGCUCGGUAUUGUCUCUCAGGAACCCAUUUUGUUCGACAGAUCUAUUAGGGAGAAUAUUGAAUAUGGCGAUAAUAAGCGGGAGGUCUCCGAACAGGAGAUAAUCGCUGCAGCCAAAAAAGCGAAUAUACACAAUUUUGUAUCGGCACUGCCAUUGGGCUAUGAGACGCGUAUGGGUGAGAAAGGCGCACAAUUGUCUGGUGGUCAAAAGCAGCGAAUCGCCAUCGCUCGUGCAAUGGUGAGAAAUCCGAAAAUUUUGCUACUUGACGAAGCCACAUCUGCUCUUGAUGCUGAGAGUGAAAAGGUUGUUCAAGAUGCUCUCGACGCAGCUAGUGAAGGAAGAACAACCAUCAGCAUUGCUCAUAGAUUGUCCACAAUUGUCGACUCUGAUGUGAUAUUCGUGCUCGACAAUGGACAAGUUGCUGAAAGCGGUUCACAUAAGGAGCUGCUGAAGCUGCGUGGCAUCUAUUACACGCUGUGGAGAUUGCAAACCGGUGGUUAAUGAUAAUGUUACGGUUAAUUAUAGUAUUAGUUGUGUUCCAAUGCUCAAUGAUCGGGAUCCGGAUACAAAUUUUGCACGAAAAUACAACAACAACGAUGUGCUCCUGAUGGAGAUCCAGUUCAAAUUAUGAUAACUUUUGUUCGUUUUGCUUUACGUCAUUGGUAGCACAACUUUUUGUAGUUUUGGUAGCACAACUUUUUGUAGCUUUGGUAGCACUGACAAGUGAAUGUAUACAGACACAUGAAUUAAAUUAGAAAAGCUUUCAUUUGAGAAAUAAAUUACAAGCUGAAUAAAGCAUAAUAGAAUACAAGGUCACGCCUUCCGAAUUCGCUGUGUCAUCAGGCUUUAUGAAUAAACAAUCAAAAGGAGGGGGAAUUACUUGUCUGUGAAGAGAAAGAGUAGGCGAAAGCAAUAGAAGCUACUAAACAUAAGAAAUUAUACGCACACAGACACACUUUCUUGUCUCGGCGACCACCCUAUAAAAACGCGAAAAAACUGCAUUUAAAGGCUUUAUUUUUGUUUGUGCUUUCCCAAUUUAACACGCGGCACUUACUUUUCAUUAGUUUGUUUAGUUUAAAUAUCACAAAUCACAAUAUUAUCAAGCCAUUUAGUGAAUUUUCACAAGCAUGCAAGUUCUCUUCCUUUUGUUUGUUUUGCAUCGGAGACGAGCGGACGUCAGACUUGUCAAAAUUGCGAAAAAUCAAGUAACUGUUUGGGAAAGACUUCACCUUCAGUAUUCAACUUGCCUUGGUGCUGAAUGCGUCUUUUUUGCAAACAAUUUGAAUGCUACGCUAUUAAGCAUAAACUAUUACGGCAACUUAAUCAUAUUUGUACCUAUUAAUAUGCUCUUGAAGAGCGCCAAUUUUCGGUUGAAAUAGCGGGUUCUUGAAAAUUAGUUUUAGUGUCCUGUAACUAACUUCUAUUAGUGUUUCAUCUUCAAGACUGUCAUCUUUCAAAUAGCAAAGUGUGUAUUUUCUGUCAAAUGAACGCAUUUUUGACAAAAUUCUUGUGGAAGAAUUGUUUAUAUAUUUGCUUCUUCGUACUACCAAAACAGAAGUCUAGCAUCAGUGCUUCUAAGACCCAUAAAAAAUAUCCGGAUCAUUCCUGUGGGAAUUUAUCGAGACACUGAGCUGGAUAACCCAAGAGAACACGUUAAUUAAGUAUAUAUAGAUAUAUGAAUCAAUAUGUUAAGACAAGUGGGAAUAUUCUACGCUAAUUUGGUGUAUGAAAUGUCAUAGGAAAUUUCUUGUAAGAAAACACUCAACUCGCUUACUUUGCAUUAGAUGAUUUCUUACACUGAUUUUUCUAUGUUGUUUCGUAGCUAAAACAAAGCGGGCAUUAGGCUUAACAUAAGCAUAGCACAACAUGGCACAUAUCUACAUAUAUAUAUAUAUAUGUGUACUUGCAUGCUAGAACAAAGUAGUAUUAAUAUUUGUAUAUGUAGUAUUAAGCAAGCGGAAGCAGUAGUCCACCCCGGACUGUCAUGCUAAAAAAGAAGAAGUAUCAACAUUUUAUUGUAAAAAAGCAAAUGGGGGGUAUGUAGUUCGCUAGCUUCUAAGUGUAUUCAAAAUUAUGUAUUAAAAUAAAAUUCCGAUUCUGGGUUUGAUUAGUCAAUCACAAUACAUCAAACCCUGAAAUACAUUAUUUAUUGUAGGUCAGUGCCAUGAGCUAUUAAUUAGCACGAUUAAAUACACCAAGGAGGGUAACGACAUAAGAUGUGCGUAUGCAUAUUAGGACAUAUGUACACAUAGUAUUACGAUAUUAGAACAAGGUAGUUUCAAUAAAGUGCUUACAAAUUUCUGUACGACAA